UUAAAGCAUGUUCAACUUAGAAACAAGAAUUCAAUGAGCAAAAUUAAACGACUCUAAUAUUGUAAAUCAAUUACAUUAUAAGUUGCAAUUUUUCAUAAUGACUCAAGGUGUUAGUGAAAGUGAUAAUAAAAUGGAGUUUGAGACGGUAUUAAAUAAUGAGUUAGGACAGUUUGGAAUGUAUCAAUUGAUCAAUAUAUUACUACUAGCAGUGCCGGCCGCCGCUUCAGGUUUUAUGGCAGGCGACUAUGUGUUUACAGCGGGCAGGAAUAUUUAUAUGAUGCCUUGUGGAAAAAGACCCUUAAUAAAAACAUGGGAUAGACCUAAAGAUCUCAAAGUGAUAAAACCAUCUCGCUAUGAACAAAACGAAGCAUCUGUCAAAGUUCACUGGAAGAAUGUUUUGAGAGAAUUGGAACUGUCAUAUAAAGAUGAAACGUUUUGGGACUCACAGGGAGAAGUGGUUCGUGAGCUUGUCGGUCCAAAAAUAUUUAGCAGAAUCGCCAAGAUAUUCAAGUUGUCUUUGAGGGACAAACCAUACGAACCUCGUUCAGAGACAAGCCUUGAACCUUCCGAUAUUUAUUAUCAAACUAAUAAUGUCGUUUCUGAUGGUCCAAUACGUCCGUCAUAUUCUAUGAGUGACUUUGAUCCAUCUAUGUACGUAGACCUAGAGGAAGAAUGUGAUCAAGAGACGGAAGGAGAAGAAUCAGAAAUUUGGACGAUAUCAUCAUCGUCUUCUGACUUAAGAAAGUCAUCACGAUCUAAAUCUAUACUUAGAACAAAAUCACUGAGCACAUCAAAAUCUAUGUCUAAGUCAUUCUCAAAGUUUUUAUCAAAAAAAUCUUUAACUAGACAUUCUAAGCUUCUAAAGUCCACUCCAUCUAGUGUUGGCGAUCUUGCUUCAACUCUGGACGAUUUGGAAGUGCAAAUGAGCGAGAAACCAAAGAAGCGUAUGUCGACUCACAGUCACAAAAGCAAGAGAAAUCCACAUUUCGAAAUGCUGUAUUGUAAUAAAUCGGAGACAGAUAUGAUCAAGUGGAAAUCUCACUAUAAACAAAAAAACUUCGAAGUAUCCGCGUCUGAUGAAUUUAGUAAAAAAGCUGAAAUAUUAACUACGAAGAUUGCUCAAGAAUUCUAUGACUGGUGGGUCGGAUUGGGUAAUGUGGAAUUCAAAAGCGAAAUAAGACGACCGGAAGAUAUCCAAGAUUUGUUCCAAGUUUGGUUCGAUGAGCACGCAUCGCGUGGCUUGGUACUUGAUCACAAAAUACUACCUUGUGUAUUGAAAACUAUCGCUGAAUUCGUUGGUGUGAAAAAGGCAUCAUGUCCAAAAGUUCUAAAAAGACAGAUUAAAUAUGACGUACAUGCAGAGACCAGCCCAGCGCAUACUAUGGCUUUCGGCACAUGUCUUCCGCAAGAUAAGAAGCACAUUCCUCCUAAAAAUAACACGAAGGAGUUGUGGCACGGUGUGAAGAUACCAGAAGACCUUCAGUCAAUGGCUUGCGUGUGGGAUGACAUACAGCAUCUGACGUCAACGAAAGCGUUCCAUAAAUGGCUACAAAAAAGGCCGCAUUUGGCUAUGCCUCCUUUCCUGAAGUCUCUUGAAGCUCCCGGCGAGAAGAAGCAACCAUUCAUUGUACCCUCAGAUUAUAUUAUAAAGUUCAAAGCGGGAACAUCUUCUACGCAAGACUUAGCGUUGCCCGUUUCGGAAUUCUCUCUUGAAUUGAAGGAAGUGCUCAGCAAACUUCUGAAUGACUAAUACAAAAAAGUAUUUAUAUACUCUUGUAUAGC